AUGGACAACGGUUUUCAUCUGAUUCGGGCUGUAUUUUUUGCCCUUCUCCUACUCUUCAACCUUCUGACGUUGGGUUUCUCGGCUUGGAACAUCAACCUGCUCUCGAAAACCGACUUGGGUUCUUCCGCCACUGCGUCUUUCGUCCUUUUCGAAAGCUGUCUUCUCCUCGUCUGUAUUGCGAUGGGCUUCUUGGAAUCAUUCAUUCCCACGGCGAGGACAUCCAACAUCCUGGUUGAGUGCGCGUGGACUGUGACGCUGUCUCUAUUCCAACUAGGCGCAGCUAUUAGUGCCACCAUGAAUGGCCCCCCUCUGCUUUGCCGAUCUCCGUCGAACGACCAGUUAUGCACAGCGUCAUCCCUCCUCGUACCCUCAAUCUGGCUCUCGUGUGUGAUUUCAUUCGCAUAUUUCUUCACCUUCUUUAUUACCGUACUUGCACACCGCAUCGCAGUGGCAAACAUCUGGGCGGAGACUGUCUACUCUGUCAGUUGGUUUGACAUCGGCCCCGCCCAUCCAAGAAUCCAAAUUCAAAAGGGCGAUUCAUUUUGGGAGAGAGAGAGUAUCAGGAGUCAUAUUCAUGGGGCUUCGUUCAGUGAUAUCGAAUCCGCAAAAGGUAUUUUCGAGACCGUCGAGGUAACCGCACCCUGGGCCAAGGACGUUCCUCUGAAACGAGGUGUCGAUGCACCUUUCUCUUUGUCGUCAACACGCAACACCCCUGCGACUUCCCCGGCUUUCACUUCGAAGACGCUCCCACCGAUUCCCUCUUUCCGACUUUCUACCCCACGUGGCACCUUCUCUCCUUCGCGUUUCGUAGAGAGAUUCCGAGAAUCUCGCGUCCUUUCUCGGGCAGAGACGCCUACACAGUUUGGCAGACACCUUGUCCGGGACAACGCUCCUUUCCCUUCAGCGGUCGUCGAUCACGACCAGCCAAUUCCCAAACCCCGUGGGUGCGAAUGGGUCAGGGCGGACGCUUUGAAAUCGCCUGUAUGA